ACAGCUAGCAAUGAAUAUGAAGGUGAAGAAGAUGAAACAAGAAGCCUCCUCCUCCUCUCACCUUACCUUACCUACCUUCUCUCUCUCCUUUUAGGUGGGGUUUCUCUCUCUAUCUCUCUCUGUCCCUCUCUCUCUAUAUAUUUUUACUUGUACAAUUAUUUGUUUUUGUAUAUAUAUUCAAUUCCAUUCCAUUGGUAGGAGUGUUAUAUUUGUAUUUUGAGGAGAAGGGUUGUGUUUUGUAACACUCAUUUUGUAGUUUUAGUGUGUAGGAGGAGGAGGAUAUUUAGGAAUGUUGUGCUAUGUGUGUGCUUCUAGGUGUGUGUAGCUUUUAGGGUUGUUGCUAUCUUGGAUUUUGAAUUCAUUUCUGAAGCAUUUUCUUGGUUUUCUGGCGGGAGAUUGUGGGGUUUUGGUUGGAAUUUCAGGCACUAGUAUUGUCUUGUGAAUCUUGACUCUUCAGAAUUUCACUCUAUCCAAAGCUUUUUCUGCAUUGUACCCCUACUUUUUGUCUUCUUCAAGCUGUUUAAAGGAAAUAUAUGAUGGGGUCAAAUUAUAACGAUGAGAUGGACUGCGGCAGCUUCUUUGAUCACAUUGAUGAUCUGAUCGAUUUUCCUUCUGACAAUGACAUUGGCUUUAAUUCCGGCAACGGAAAUGACUUUCCGAGCAUCUGGUCCAAUAAUGUUGAGGAUCUGCCUGGUCCAGAUCCAAUAUUCCCUGGAAUGAAGAAUGAUAGUGCUUCUGACCUGUCAGCUGAACUUGCUGUUCCGUAUGAGGACAUUGUGCAGCUUGAGUGGCUUUCAACCUUUGUGGAGGAUUCUUUUUCUGGUGGAGGGAUGACCCUCAACAAAGAGAAUGUUCCUCUUAACAAUAAUGCAUCCCAGAAUCAGUUUCGCACCUCUAGUCCUGUAUCAGUGCUUGAGAGCAGCAGCAGCAGCUCCUGCUCCGAUGGGAAGAUUGUUCCUCUUAGCCCAUCUCAUCGGGGUCCUCAGCGUGCUCGUAGCAAGCGCCCUCGCCCUGCAAACUUUAGACCUCGAUCCACAAUGCAGUUCGUUACUCCAACUUCCUCUGUUACUCCUGAUAACUCUGGGCUCGUUAAUGUGCCAAUGAUUUCUUCAGAAUCUGAGAACUUUGUGGAGUCUCUUCGUAUUAAGAUACCAAAGCCUGUGUCAGAGAACAAGAAGAAGCAGAAGCAGAAACCGUCUUUUCCAUCAAGUUCUGCAGAGAUGAACUGCAGUUCACCACUGCAGCAGCAAGCAUCAGUUAGGAAAUGCCUGCAUUGCGAGAUAACAAAAACACCCCAAUGGAGGGCCGGCCCAUUAGGUCCUAAGACUCUUUGCAACGCUUGUGGUGUUCGUUACAAAUCUGGCAGACUCUUCCCUGAGUACCGCCCUGCAGCCAGUCCAACAUUUGUCCCAUCUUUGCACUCCAAUUCUCACAAGAAGGUUGUGGAGAUGAGAAUCAAAGGCGGUGAGAAAAAGUUCAUGAAUGCUACCGUGCCCCCGAUAAGUUCCGAGCCAGAAAUGAUCCCAAAUGCCUCACUCGAGUACAUGUGAGAAGGGAAGGAAGGCAUGCAGACAAUGGGUUUUGGUUAGUUUAAUCUUUGUUGUGUCUGCGUCUGUCAAUCUCAUCUUAUUCACUAGUUCCGUCUAAAUUUUAUUUGUUCAAUUGUUCUUUUGUAUAAAGAGAUGUGCUAUAAGGGUAGGAUCUAUAGUGGAGCAUAUAUUAGCUGCUAGUGAGAAAGGAAUGAGAUGGGAGAGUACUGAUUACUGAAGAAAGGGUAGAAAUAUGAAAGGAUUUCGAGUUUUAGUGUCGUCUAGAUUCUAGUAUUUGAUUAGGUCUCGAGUCAGUACUGUUCUUUUUCUCUUUGCCCCUUCUUGUAUGAGAAGUCUUUUUGCAGUUUAUUUUCUUUUAGAGAACUCUUGAAAUGAAUGAUAGUUUGGUUAUCAUGUCUUAUUAACUUGA